UAAAGGACGAAACUGCACGGUCUUGCAGACAUAGAGCUCAUUUGGUACACAGAUCUAAUUAACUAAGUUUGAUAUUAGAUUAUACCAUGUUUGUUUAAUGAUAUAAAUUUUAUCUCGAGAUUAAUUUAUACCAUCAACUAAACAUGAUAUAAAUUUAUUACCAAACUUAAUUCUGAGAUACCUCACUUAUCCUUUAUACCAAAGGAUCCAUAUAGUAUUUCAGCUCGUAGAUUGGGUACUUUUUCUUUACACUUUCAGUGCGUGGAAAGCAAAGGAAACCCCUACUACAAUUAUUUAUGAGAAUUCUCCUGCAUUUUUAAUGCAAAAGCAAGAUCAAGUUAAAGCUCUGUCUGUUCUUUGCUACUUGCACAUAAACCAAAUAUUCAUGUGGCCCACUUUUAACUCAUUUUCUUUGUGAUUUUUUCAUUUCCAAUUUUUCAACAUGACAUAGGUUGCUUAAGGGUUGGAAUUAUAAAUCUUGAAAAUCUUUUUUGGAAGUUACAUGUUACUAUAAAGUUCAUGCUCUUGACUAUAUUUUUCUGAUUCGACAACUAGAGGGGGGCUAUUGGACUUACCCUCCUAAAAAAGUUCCAAGUGCCAUAUAAGAAGAACGUAGUAUCAUGGAAGAGUCAAGAAAGCAAGAUGAAUCGGAGUUUAACUUGAGAGAAUGGGCUCUUAAGGCUAAACUUAACAGAGAAAAAACCAAUUCAAGAAGGUACUCUGCGUCUUAUAUUAGGAGUUUUAGAGAAGAGGCAAAAUCUUUUAGAUCAAACGUAACAAUUUCAAGUACUGCUUCCUCCCCUGGCUACGCCUUAAGAGAGGAAAUUGAUCCAUCAAAAUAUUCGUUUACCACUGCCCUGAAAGCAUUACAGGCAAAAACAAUAUACAGUUGGGAAUACAUGUCACCAGAUGGUUUGGCACUGAAUUCAAAAUGGAAUGAAGCUGAGAAAUACAUAUGCAAUCCAUUGUCAGGGGAAGUUCCUUUGGAGUGUUUGUCUACAAAAAUACUAAGUGGAAGAUCAUUUCGACAACCAGGAAACAGAAUUGCAAUCUCAGGACCUCUCAUUUAUCCUUCUCAAAUACAAAAUACACCACAAUUCCAAACAAAGCACCAUGUAGAGCCUUCUUUGCCUACAAAUGAAGUUGAAGUCCAAAUCCCAAGCAAAGAGAAGAAAGAAGUUACCGUUACAAGAGAUAAGGGAACUCAAAGCAUUUCAGCAUAUGUAAGUUCAAAUAGUCCAAGUCCAGCUCCAACUCCAUCAAUUGAAGAAAUGUCUAUAAAGCUAAGUAGUGAAGCAGCUGACUCCUCCUCACCUAUGACACCUUCAUCCAUUAAAGAAAUAUCCACAAAGCACUGGGAAGCAGACCAUGCUGCAGGUCACUCUCCUGUGACUAGUCCAAAACUAACAUCUGAGCAAGAGGUGGAAGUGAAAGAAACAGGAGAGGAAGAAGACACAAAAAGAAAAGAGCAAGUGCAGCAGCUGCGUGGACAGAGAAAUGAGAAAGUAAAGAAGAGAUGCAGGCAAAUAGGUGGGUGCUUGUCAUGGAAGAGUUUGUGGAUGAGAAGAACAAGGCACAGAGAAAAGCACAAAUCAACAAACAACAACAUUUUUCUUUGCCAUAUAAAUGGAUGCUAUAAACACUAGUAAUUUAUAAACUGUCCUUCUUGGAUUUAGAAAGAUUCUCUUUCCAUCACUCCCCUUUCAUCUCUUAGAUUCUAGUAUAUCUAGCAAGGAUCUUAUAAUAUAAUAACAUGUGUAAUCUAAUAUCUUAUAAGAUAUUUUGUUCUUAUUUUUAAGAUUUAAAUACGUGAAGUUUUCCUA